AUGCAUCGCACGCUGCUCCCAGAGACUUGCAAGCGAUGGCAGCAGCAUGUGCAUCACAGCUGGGUAGAAGGGUGGGGUGCUGGAGCCACGCCCAUUACAAUCCCAGUGGCUGAGGGCGGGCCCUGCUGCCCAGGAGCCAGCGGGCCAGCAGUGCAGCUGGUGCUGCCGGGCUGGGCCAUGGAGUGGAUGCAGGUGCUGCCUGAGCCGCUGGACAAGAAGCAGCACAGUGAACCAGUGCUAGACAGCCCCAACCCUGGCCUCCACCCCAGCCCCAGCCACUUGCUGCUGGCCACCGGCCCUGAGCGAACUUUGGCAGCACUACUCCUUGCCCCCUGCACCGCCUCCGCCUCCAGGGGCUUGACUCCCCGGCGCUCUCACCUUGUCCCCAGCUCAGACUCCGCCCCGCACGCUACUGCGCAUGCUCGCUCCGUGAGCGCAAAGCCGCCGAGCGCCCUGGGAGGGACUCGGCGCGGGGUGACCCUUUCCACGGCCCGUCGCUCGGGGCCGCGGCUGGGUAGUGACGUAGAGGAGCCCCCGCCCCCACCCCCGCCCCCCGGCCCUGCCCUGCCCUGCCCGAGAGACUCGACCCCGCGGGGACGGAGGUUGGACGCGCCCGGGGCCAGCGCCAUGUGGGCCGCCGCCGCCGCCGCCGGCAGAGCUACCAAGAUGCUGAAAAGGAAUGUUCCUUCAAUUCUGAGACCAACUAAAGGAAUGGAUCUGAAGAUCAAGAGAGGUUUUUGCAGUAAAUCACAGGAGGGGAGCAAACAAAAGCCUGAAGUAGGGGGGCAUUCCAACUUCAGAGUGCCAGGACACAAGCCCUCAGACUGGGAAAAGAAGGUUCUGCUGUGGUCAGGCCGUUUCAAAAAAGUAGAUGAUAUACCAGAGACUGUCUCGUUUGAGCUGAUCGAUGCUGCGCGAAAUAAAUUGCGUGUGAAGAUCAGCUACCUGAUGAUUGCCCUGACAAUACUGGGAUGCAUCGUGAUGGUCAUUGAAGGAAAGCGGGCUGUCGGAAGGCAUGAAUCCCUUACAACUCAAAACAUGGAAAGAAAAGCUCGCUGGAGAGAUGAGGUUGCUCAGAGUGCAUCUGCCAAACCCUAGGAGAGGGAGGAGACCUGGGAAGGAGGAUAUAAAGCAUACAAAUGCUUUCUUCAUUGAUGAGAAAGUGGUAGAUCUUCAUGUGUUUUGCUUUUAUGUUAUAAUCCUCUGCUCUUAUGCUUUAGGAAAGACAAAUAAAUUAUUUUGUAGUAAUACUAAAAA